AUGGCAUCACAAGUUUGUUCAUAUAUAUUCCUCUUUUGUCUUCACUUUUAUGCAACCCGUGCACAUCCAUCUAAAUCAAAUGACAAAACCUCAAUCCGCAUCGAGUUUCCUAGUCAAAACCUCAAAGGGGUCCAUGAGCUAAACACUUACUCCAAUAACGAAAGACGAGAAAAGAAAGACGUCCUCGCCGAUUCUUCCGAAUUCGCCCCUAAAAAACAUCGAGAUUCAUAUAACAUUAAUAUACUAGGAGGCUUAGAUACUAAUACCAAAGCAGGAAUACAAGAUCCACAACACGGCUUGCCAGAUGAAAACGCAAUCCAAUUUCAUACGGCAUCGCACUACACAUUUUUUUCAGGUCGCCCGAAAUGGAACAAGAGAAGACUCAAGUACGCGUUCAAUAGGAACGUCAACGAAACGUCCAAACCGCCCCUAGAGAACGCGCUGAAAGCAUGGGCAUCUGCGACACCGUUUAAAUUUAUCCGCGUUGACAAUCUCAACCUAGCCGAUAUUCGGAUCAGCUUCAUGCGCGGGUACCACGGCGACGGGCAUCCUUUCGGUGGGACCGACGCGGGAUUGGCCCACACAUUUGAACCUCCGGAUGGGAGGGUCCACUUUGAUGCGGGUCAAAAUUGGUCGUCCAGUGGUCAACGAGAUGCCUAUGAUAUACAAACAGUUGGGCUGCAUGAGUUCGGCCAUGCUCUUGGGCUAGGCCACACCAGAAACGAAAAGGCCGUCAUGUUUGCGAAAAUUGACCCCGGUGAGAGGAAAAGCUUACAUGAAGAUGAUAUUAAUGGAAUUAAGGCUUUGUACAACAUAAAGUAA